AUGAGGGGAAGACGUCUGUGUCAGGGCUCAAGGCUGAGCUGACGUUCCUGGCUUCCAUCUUUGACAAGAACAACGAGCGAUUCGGCAUCGUCAGCUGGAAGCUGGACGAGCUGCACUGCCAGUUCCUGGUGUCUCCACCACCGCUGCCUGGCAGCUCUCAUUCGCCUCCUUCACCUCUCACACUCCACUGCAACAUCACGGAAUCUUACCCACCUUCUUCACCAAUAUGGUUUGUGGACUCUGAUGACCCAAAUCUGACAUCAGUUCUGGAAUGCUUAGAAGAUACUAAGAACAACAAUCAACCACUACCCACGGGUCAGAAUGGGACAACUGAAGAAGUAUCUUCAGAAGAGGAGGAAGAAGAGGAAAUGGCUGAAGAUAUAGAAGACUUGGAUCACUAUGAGAUGAAGGAAGAAGAGCCUAUUAAUGGGAAAAAGUCAGAGGACAAAGGGAUUGAGAAAGAAAAUUUGGCAAUAUUGGAGAAAAUCAGGAAGACUCAAAGGCAAGACCAUUUAAAUGGUGCAGUGUCUGUGUCAGUACAAGCAUCAGAUAGACUCAUGAAGGAUCUCAGGGACAUCUACAGAUCACAGAGCUACAAGGCAGGGAUUUAUUCAGUGGAGCUAAUAAAUGACAGCUUAUAUGACUGGCAUGUCAAACUACAUAAGGUUGACUCUGAUAGUCCUUUGAACAGUGAUCUUCAGAUCUUAAAAGAAAAAGAAGACAUAGAAUAUGUUUUGCUUAACUUCUCUUUUAAGGAUAAUUUUCCAUUUGAUCCUUCGUUUGUUCGAGUGAUGUUACCUAUUCUCUCAGGAGGGUACGUGUUGGGUGGAGGAGCACUGUGUACGGAACUUCUCACAAAACAGGGCUGGAGCAGUGCCUACUCAACAGAAUCUGGCAUCAUGCAGAUCAAUGCCACCUUAGUGAAAAGCAAAGCCCGGGUGCAGUUUGGAGCAAAUAAGAAUCAGUAUAAUCUAGCACGAGCCCAACAGUCCUAUAAUUCCAUUGUACAGAUACAUGAGAAAAAUGGCUGGUACACACCUCCAAAGGAAGAUGGCUAACUACAUUGACAUAUAUCUGGACCAAUGUUGCUUUAAAGAAAAUUGUUCCAACGUACAGACAUAAGCUUUCGAGUGCCCGUGUA